AUGGAAAAGGUCCUGCAGACUGAUGAUGAUAGCGUGCUCGUAUACAUCGCACCGACCACGGCCCUUGUCAACCAGAUUGCAGCCGAGACUCACGGCCGCUUCUCCAAGAACUAUACGCAUGCAGGGCGCUCAGUCUGGGCUGUUCACAUGCGAGACUCACGCAUCAACAAUCCUACUGGUUGUCAAAUACUCGUCACGGUCCCACGUAUGCUCCAGAACAUGCUGCUUACACCGUUGCAUGCGGAAAAGAAGAAUUCAUGGUCCACGCGUAUCAAGCGCAUCAUUUUCGAUGAGAUCCAUUGCAUUAGCCAGGCCAAGGACGGCAUAGUCUGGGAACAGCUUCUCCUGCAAGCGCCAUGCCCUAUCAUUGCUCUCUCUGCUACAGUCGGGAAUCCCCGUCAGUUAAGUAAUUGGCUUUCGUCGACCGAAAGAGCCAACGCCAGCGACCUUGUUACGGUUCAGCAUCAUUAUCGAUACUCAAACCUGCGAAAUUUCAUCUAUGUGCCGCCAAAGAUGUUUUGCUUCUCUGGACUACCUGCUCUUCCUGGCAUUUAUAUACCUGGCCUUGAUGGAUCAAAUGCCUUCGCCUUUGUGCAUCCCGUUGCUAGCGUGGUCAACAAAGAGAAAGGACUUCUAAGUGACUUUAGUCUCGAGGCUCGCGACUGUCUGCAUCUCUGGCGUGUUAUGUCUCAGCACGCUACGGAGAAGCAUGGCCUUUCUCAUGCACUACAUCCAGAAAAAGUACUCCCCCAGUUAGUCAAGAAGAUAGAUAUCAUCACCUGGGAGGCCGAUCUCAAGGCGAUGCUCCGCCAGUGGAUGCUCGAUGAUAGUUCACCGUUUGAUCUAGUUCGCCAAGAUCUCGGCAGCAGUCUCCAGCAUCUGGUAGCUCGUGAUAUUAUGAGCACCAAGCAAGGCUGUGGCGGAGACUGUGGCCACCGUCAAGUCGACGCUGACGACAUUGUUUCUAUGGUACUGCCCGUUCUAGUUGACCUGCAUACAGAGGGAGCCUUGCCCUGUAUCGUUUUCAACUACGACCGCAUCAUGUGCGAGACGCUAGCUCAUUGCAUGAUCGACGAGCUUGUAUAUGGUAGAGCUGGAGAUUGCCCGCUCUCGCGCCGCCAGGGCCCCGCGGAAGAAGCCCAGAAGGAAGAAAAGCGCGGUGAAGAUGAUGACGACGACGAAAAACUCUCGCGAGCCGAACGUGCCCGUGAACUUGCCGACGCCGACGUCAGUGUGUGGGCUGGGUUCAACCCGGAUGCACCUAUUGAUGGCUUCCAUUUCGCGGACAUCACCAAGCUGGCCAUGUCAGAGUUGGUCGAAUUCCAGUCAGAGCUGAGCAGCUUCAAAGUGCCGGAGUGGCUUGUUUGUGGACUGGAGCGUGGAGUUGGUGUACACCACUCGGGCAUGAAUCCCAAUUAUCUCCAGAUUGUUGAAGUGCUUUUCCGGAAAGGUUUCCUACGAGUGGUUUUGACGACAGGUACGCUUGCGCUUGGUAUCAACAUGCCUUGCAAAACAGUUGUAUUUGCAGGUGACUCGAUUUCCCUAACGGCGCUCAACUUUCGCCAGGCUGCUGGGCAUGCCGGUCGUCGUGGCUUCGACGUGCUAGGAAACGUCGUCUUUGUUGGAAUUCCAACGGCAAAGGUUUUUCGGUUACUGAGCUCCCGCUUACCGGACCUUACUACGCAGUAUCCUAUUAACACGUCUUUCAUCCUUCAACUGGCGGCACUUCUCCAUGGCUCCAAUAACUCGUCAUUCGCCCUUCAGACGAUCAACUCCAUCUUCUCACGGCCGCAUCUGCAUCUCGGUUUGCCCGAGUCCGGGAUAACAGUAAGACACCACCUGCGCUUCUCCAUCGAAUACCUUCGCCGACAGUUGUUGCUUGACAUGGACGGUGCUCCUGUUAAUUUUGCAAACUGUAUCUCGCCUUUGCACUACACGGGAAAUUCUGUCUGGGCAUUCCACGCGUUAUUGAGCAAGGGUUACUUCCACAUGUUGUGCAAGGACAUCGAUAUCAAUCCGGAGCGUGUCCUUGCAACGCUGAUGCUUGUCCUAUCGCACAUUUUCGAGCGUCAAUUGUGCAAGCAUUCGGAUAUCGAGUUCGUUGACGACGGCAUCAAGCGCUCUUCAUCCAUCGUCUUUCUCCCAGCGUUGCCUAGAGCCGCAAAGGACGCGCUUAAAGCUCAUGAUGCCGAGACUCUAUCUAUUUUCAAGGUGUAUGCCAAAUCAUACAUCGAUCAGUAUCUGCACCAUGUAGACGACAAGCUUCCGCUCACGCGACAUCGGAUUGGGUCUGAGGUAACAUUAGACAUACGCAGCGGCGCCUGCCACCCACCACCGGUCGUCCGCUCUCCAUUCGUGGCGCUCUCUGGCCAUGGUGACGAAUUUUCCACUAUUUCCGAGCUAUGCAACACCAUCCGCUCCGGAGUAUUCCUCGAAGAGGCAAUAGUGCCGCACCUGCGAAUCUAUUUCGAGGAAUCGGAUCCACCCCUUAACGCAUACCUGCUUGAUUUCUUCAAACAUGGUGAUAUCAGGACGAUUGAGCACGUGAAUAAGGUCCAAGAAUCACAGGUUUGGUCACGUCUAAAAGAGUUUGCCACCAUCCUACACACAAUUGUUGCCUGUCUUGCCGACUUGACGAGGUCUAGGCCCCCGUCUAAUACGGACGGUGUGGAUAUACAAAACGAGAGAGAUUAUCUCAGGGUGCGGCAAAAUGGCAAAAUGUUUGCGAAACAGGAAGAGGCUGAUAACAGCGGCUCUACUGGAGAGACAAGCGUCGAUGGCACCGCCAACGCUGAGAAUCACAGUCUCAACGAGGAUAGUGAAGAGGACUGCCAUCAUGGUGGAAUAGGCGAAAAGGCCUACUCAAAGUGCUGCGAGCUUUUGCCGAGCUGCACGGUGAGUUUGAAGCGAAGCUGAACAAGAUUGCUGUCUAGGUGUUGGAAGUCGAUCUAAGCUACAGGUAGACUAUUGAUGAACUCGGCGCAGAUGG